AUGAAGAGCUUCUUCACCCUCGCAGCUUUUGCUGUUGGUACUCAUGCCCUUGCGAGCCGCGCUGCAAGCUGUUGCUUCCACUUAACCGCCUCUGGUGGCUCCUCCGGCUCGGUGGGUCAGCUCAGUGACGGACAAAACCGCAUCGGCGAUAAUAGCCUAUCUCCCGCGGAGUUUUGUAUCAGCUCGGAUGGCUCCAUUACCGAUGGCAGUGGCCGUGGAUGUAUUCUAACUCCGCCGACUACUCAGUUCCAGUGUGACGUGGGUGCCACUCCCACUUCGGGCUUCUCCAUUAGCUCCACUGGAAUGCUGCAGUUCCAAGGAAGUUCGACUUUCUUCUCCUGCCAGACUGGCCAGAACGGCGGUUCGAACAUCCAUACCACCUUGAGUUCCGCUCUCAGCGAUUGUCAAACCAUUGAAUUAACAGCCGACUCUUGCAUUCCCUCGACCUCGACUUCGCCUGCUCAAAACAGCUGUCCCACCACUCUAACCUCAGGAAACUUUGAGUUUCCUCACUUGAUCACCCCGAUUGACUCGUCGUCUCCUAAUACCGCCCACAGCACCCAGUUCAACGGCAAAGUGACCUCAACCGUCUCCAGCAUCUUCAACUUUGACAUUCCCCAGGCCGACUCCGGCAAGACUUGCAGUUUGGUCUUCCUCUUCCCCCAGAAAGCCGAUCUGCAAACCUCGUCUUUCACCUUUAGCGGUGACGGUAAGAUCGAUUUUGCCAAGCUAUCUCAACCUGCCUCGAGCUCCACGACCUUUAAUAAUGCUCCGUCCGUCUCCGCUGACCUGGGAACAAUCACCGUUUCCCCUGGCAACUCGUUUGUUGUCUCAACCUUCUCUUGCCCUGCCGGUCAGACUGUUGCCUUCGAGAUGAAGAACGCUGGCAGCACUAAUCUGGAGUUCUUUGAGGAUUUCAAUCCCGCUCCUAUU